GCAGGUGGAAUUGUGUCUGUCCGAAGUCUCCCGGAGCGACCUUUUCAUUGGAAUCCUUGGACAGCGCUACGGACAGGUCCCGAAGGAGACUUCCUUGCCGGAGGAGCCGCAGUAUGAAUGGGUGAAAACAUACCCAUCAGGCCGCUCCAUCACCGAGCUGGAGGCUGUUCAAUUCCUGAAUGGCAACCAUGACCCCACAGCAGAAUCUAGGGCAUUCUUCUAUCUACGAGAGCCUGACUUUCUUGGCUCCGUACCAGAAGCGUGGAAGAAAGAUUUUGGAGCUGAAUCAGAAGAAGCUGCCCAACGCAUGUCUGAUUUGAAGGAACAUCUCAGGAAACAUGGGAGCUUGGCUGCCUUUAGCAGCUAUGGCUGUGAGUGGGGUGGAGUUGCCCAAGGCCAGCCUUUUGUGAAAGGCCUUGAAGAUUUUGGCCACAGAGUCUUGCAGGAUGUGUGGAAAUGCCUCCAGAACCACUUCAUUGAGGGAGGUGAAUCUGAACUCCCAACAGGCUCAAAGGAAGAAGAAGGAAACACUCUGCAAGAAUCUUUCCAGGAAUCUCAGCAAAGGAGAUUUUGUGCCCGGACGAAGCUUCUGAAUACCACAGCAGCUCAGAUGCGCGGUGGCAAGCUUUAUGUUGUGAGCGGUGAACCUGGCCAGGGAAAGACAGUUUUUUUGGCAGCCCUUGCAGAAAAGCUCAGGAAGAUGGUCCCGCUGCACGGAGAAGGCCCUCCUCCCAAGUAUCAUGUUGUAGCCCAUUUCACCAAAGCGGGACCCAAUCAGACCAAAGCCCAAGUUGUGCUGGAUCACAUCUGCGCCUUGCUUAGGAAGUUACUAGAGAACCCUCCGACCCCACCUAGAAGUUACAGAGGGCUUGUAACCCAGUUUGAAUGCCUUCUCCACGCGGUGGCCAAGUUGCUGAAACGGCGCCAGUCCUUGGUGCUUUUGAUCGACGGAGCUGACUUGAUCCACACUGCUGGAGGAGAGCUGGUAUCUGACUGGCUGCCUGAAAAUAUGCCCCAGCGAGUCAGCCUGGUUCUCAGCCUUUCUGCGGAGUCCAUGUUGCUUGAAUCCCUGAAGCAGCGGACGGAUGCUGUCUUCAUUCCCCUUGAGCCUUUGGCCCCUCCAGACCGGGCUGCCAUCGUCCGCAAAGAUUUGGCCCUGCAUGGGAAAAAAUUGGAGGAGUCGCCUUUCAAUAACCAGAUGCGACUCGUGCUUCUCAAACGUGGCUCUCGCCAGCCUUUAUACCUGAGCUUGCUAAUCCAGGACCUGCGGCUUUUUGCCCUCUACGAGAAGCUCUCGGAACGGAUCCAGAAGCUUCCCAUCUCUCUUCCCCUGAUGAUGCAACACUUGCUGGGUUGCAUGGAGCAAGAUCACGGGCUGGAGCUGGUUGCUAUCACUCUAGUGUCUCUCUGGGCCAGCAGGGAUGGACUAAUGGAACAAGAUCUCUAUUCUGUCCUUGCUAUGUGGAAGGAAUUAAAUGGGACUACCGUAACCUUGGAAAAAGCCAUUAAUGCUGGAAGACACGUUGGCAGUUUCCCCACAGCUCUCUUCUUUGACCUGCUGCGGAGCCUGAGGGGUCUUCUUGGAGCUUGCGGUUCCCCUUCGGAGCUCCCAGGUUCUCGGCUGCAACUUUGCGGCGCCCCCUUAAGGACGGCGGUAGAACGGCGCUACUUGAAAAAAACAGGACUGGAGCACACUGCUCAUGUGUUCUUGGCAGCUCACUGGUGGAAACUUUCAGACCCAGAUGGCUCCCGGACCUUCCAGAAGUCUGAGGCAGAGGCAUUAACUGCUCUGCCAUACCACUUGGUCCAAAGUGGCCAUUUGGAUGUUCUGGCUUCUUUCCUGACUGAUUUAACGAUUAUCGGUGCUCAUCUUCAUCUCGGCCUCCUCCGUAGCCUCUCUGAAGCCCAUGCACUCUACGCAACAGCUGCUGGCUCAGAAGCCAGUGAGGAAGUCAACUUAUUCUCUGACUUUUUGCAAAGAAACUUUGGGCUGCUUUCCCAGAAUCCUCUACUGCUCUUGCAGCAGGCAGCUAAUGAACCCAGUUCCUCAGGCCUUUGCAUACAAGCCCAGGUGGCGCUCCAGAAAUGCGGGAAACCUUUUCUGAAAUGGAUUAACAAGCCUGAGAAGGCCCAGCAAACCAGGAGCCUCGUUUUGAACCUUCCUUCCACUCCUUCAUCUGUUUCUCUUGCUCCUUCGGGAAAACUGGCCAUCGUGGGUACUGUGGAGGGGACAUUACAUCUGGUAGAGAUGAAUACUGGACAGCUCUGGGAAGCUGCCCGAGGACAUGUACUCCACCAGUGGGACUUCUCGUGCCCUUUGAACUGCGUGACCUUUCAUCCAAACAGUCAGUUAGUGGCUGUCGGUGGAUGGGACAGAUCGGUUGCUGUCUUGGAUACAAAUGGAAUGAGCAAGAUCUCGGUCAUGAAGGAUCAUGAUUCCUCCGUCCACUGCAUUUCCUUCUCUUCUACUGGGAAAGUUUUGGCGGCGGCUACUUUGGCUGGUUCCAUCACCCUGUGGUCGUGGCAGGAGGCCAUCAUCCUGGGCUCAUUCAAGGCUCACUCUGGAUGCACCUCGGUGGCUCGGUUCCUUUCCAAUGAAAAGCUUCUCACAGCAGGAGAAGACUGCAAGGUUCAGAUUAGCAAAGGACACUUGGGGCAAUUUUGGACCACUUUAGGAUCAAGAAUUCUUUCCCCGGCCCUGUGCAUGGCCUCAAACCUUGAUGGAAGCCAACUGGCGGUGGGACACCAUUCAGAUGGCAUCUGGAUCUACAGCCAGCCUUGGCGCUUUCAGACAACCCCGGUUCAUUUGCAAGGAAGCGAUGUGGCCGUCUGUAGCCUGGCUUGGUUACACCAUGUAUUUUUGGUUGCGGGCCUCGGUGAUGGGUCCCUUUGUGUCUGGAAGACUUUUGAGAGCAGCUCCCAUUGCUGCCAUCAGUUCAAGGCCCACGAGAAAGCUGUGAUGGGCCUUGCGGUGUCUGAUAAGCUGGUGGCUUCUGUCUCAGAUGAUUUCACCGUUGGGCUGUGGCUUUCAGAGACCCUGAGACCAGGACCUGCCUUGCAAGCCGGCAUCUCACCACUCUCCAUCCUCCGUGGUCACACUUCUGGGGUGACCUGUUGUUCCUUCAGCCUUGACGGCAACUACCUUGCUACCGGAAGCAAAGACCGGGCCUUGUUUCUAUGGGAUGUAAGGGACCCUCUUCAGAAGGCUCCCUCUCUCUUGCGCUCCCUGCUUUUCUGCCACCAGGACUGGAUUUCCAGCUGUGCUUGGAUUGGCACCAUGUUGCUCUCUGGCUCCAAUGAUGGUACCGUUUGUCUCUGGGAUAUGACAACUAACGAGUGUGUCCAGAAAUUCCUGGGGCACCAAAGCCCAAUCUGUGGAAUCACAACUGAGAAAGACCAUGUCAUCUCCAUGGGCAGAGAUGGGAUGCUGAUAACAUGGAACCUCCAGGGAGUGGAAGAAACUCGCUUCUUGGCUCACCCGAGCCAGACCAAUCACUGCACUGGCUUCAGAGAUCCAUGGCAGAAAGACUUUAUGUUGGCUGCAGCUGGUGCUGAUGGCACUGUGAAAAUUUGGAGACCCUUGACAAUUGAACAACCUCAAGUCCUUUUCGGACACUCUGCUUCUGUCUGUGCGGCUGCUGCUACCUCAUCGUCAUUCCUGACCAUCUCCAAAGACAAGUCAGUCCGCAUAUGGGCCAUCCCUAAAACUGAUGCUGACCCGGAAUGCCUGCCUCCUCACCAGGGUGCUGUCACAGCUGUGGCUUGGUCUCCUGAUGGGAACUUGGCUGCUUCCGGUGGGGAACACGGUGACCUGAUUGUCUGGCAAGGAGGAGAGAUUUUGGGGAUGGCAAAGGUUGGCCCCGGGUGUAUCAGUGCUCUUACUUUCCAUUCUUCUCAAACAAUCCUUGUGGCUUGUGGUGGGAUCAGCCUUUGGGAUAUAAGUGACAGCACGCAGAACGUCAAGGCAGUUAGCUUGAUGCGUAGGAGAACCUUGUGGCAAACCAAAGGAGUUUCUGUCCUGUGCAUGGGGAUGCUCCCCACUCUGGGUGCUUCGGUUUGUGGGCUAAGUGAUAGAGAAUUGUUGCUUCUUCUACCUGGAGAUGACAAUUUCGAGACAUUCACAAAUAUGUUCCCACGCUGUUACACUGAUUCUAAUCCCUUCAAUAUAUCCCCAUCUGAUGAAGAGCAAGAGGAGGUCUUACAUAUGUGGCACACCAUGGAGAAACCAGGCUUGAUAAAGUUGAAUUUGGGCAAGAAUAAAAAGGCCACAAUCAUUAAGGACAUCAAGUGGACACCGAACAAGCCUUCUAGCUUCGUCACGGUUGCCAGGCUCAUCAAAGACAACUUACUAUUAUAUGGGGACACAGAGGGAUUUCUCUGGAGUCAGAAUGCGCAAAUAGAGGAGGAAAGGGAGAUAGAGGAACAGGAGACAGACGAUGAAGAUGAGGAUGAAGAAGACGAAGGAGAAGAAGAAGAAGAAAAAGAAGAUGAAGAGAAGGAGGAGGCGGAGAAGGAAGAGGAAGCGGAGGAGGAAGUGGAGAAAGAAGAGGAAGAGGAAGACGCAUCUAAGGACUGGCAAAAGAGGAAGAUCCACUGCGACACAAUUACAGCUUUGCAUCUAGUGGGAGACAGGAUUGUAACAGCAUCCCGCGACCGGGAUGUGAAGAUUUGGGAUGGCAGCACGAUGAAGCUGGUGAGUGUCUCUGAACGAUGCUGGGCUGAAGUUAGGCAGAUGCUGUCACUGACCUCACCUUAUUAUCCCUCAGUGCAACUUUCAUUUCCCUAAUUGCCUUUUCUCAACACAUGCCAAAUGCAUUUGAAAUGCAUUUGAUGGCCAUAAUGCCUGGAGUUAAGCUAGAGAUCCCUACUUCUUAUGCAAUUUGUUUAUACAAAAAAACCUAUCUACCGAUAAUAACUGGUUUUAGGACCUAGACUUGGAUCAACCAUUUACUGUAUAUAUUUCUAGCUAGCUAAUAACCCAGCAUUUCCUGGGUAUUUAUUUAUCCCAAGCUGUUUGACGUCAUGGUUCUUUCCUUGUAUGUAAUCUGCGUGAAGUACAAUAAUAAUCCUCAAGAAUAAUCAAAGC